AUGGACCGAAAAAUAUUACGACCAAAUGACGGAGUUGGCAAUGAGGCACCAGCUGGCAUCUACCUUUGUCAUUGCAUCUAUGUCCAAAGUGGAAACACCACCUGUUACCGAUCUAACGAUCUUUCGCUUCCGACAAUCCGACAUACGAUGAUUCGGGAGCAGGAGUCGCCCCCGAAGGGCUUGGUGGAGAAGCGACGUGCCCAAUUCACUCAGUCUGAGUCCAUCUCCAUAUCGGCUGACGAAUCUGGCAUACAUCGAUUUGCUUCUGGACCAAUUUCGACCAUAUCCCUGAAUGCUCAACGGCCAAGGAAUCCCUUUGCACAGGAGAAUCAAAGUUCUGCUCGCAAAGUGCAGAUCGACAGGAUUCGUUAUAACCUUCGAGCUCCGGCCGAAAUAUUGAGAAGGAGUCCCAACGACCAACUAGGCGACGAACUGGGCGAAACAAGAUCAAUCACUGAGAGAUUGAGUGAUGGGGAGAAGAGAAUGCUCAGAAUUACUGCCAGCAAAGAUGGUGAAUAUUCCCUUGAGAUUACUUUUGAGGCUCAGGUUAGCGACGAUGAAUCGACGACGAUUCCUGUGAUGCGUGCACAGUCUCAGAAAUCUGAGCGGAAACGAACUGCACAUGCCGGUCGACCACAUCAAGUGGAGAGGUUCGACUCGAAAACUAUAACGAUUCCUCUCCCUUCCGAAAAGUCUACUGGAGAAAGCGAGAAGGCGUGGGCUCCUGGGUGGACUUCAAAAAAACGUCAAUUGGCUCGAGAUGCCUGUGGUGAUGUUGUUGCGUUUUACGAGGAUCAAGGUGCCGACAGCGAUAUCGCAAUAAAAGAGCGAGAACUUAAGAAAGCUAGAGAUACUAUACGAAAGAAGCAAUCAUUAGCGAUUACGAAGUUCGAUCCGGCAGCCAUUAUAGCGGAAUGCGAGAGGAUGAUGGAGGUGCUACGCAGGGAGGGUUGUGGAGAUGAGAGCGUCAGUGAUGUCGACAAGGAGAUCGAACGGCUCAAACGAGAGGUAGACUUCUAUUUUUCUCGUUUCUCUACGGUAGUUGGACUUCUUUUGGUGGAUUUUUUUGGUUUUCCAUAG